CCCGCGCGGAUUGCUUUUCUACUUGCCUCAUCAUGCUGCCAGUUGCUGCGUCCAAAAAAGGCUCCUCCCCUUUAGUCCCACAGGCUGUUGCUCAAACCAAACCCGGCAUUGCCAAGAAAUCAAGGGCUCUAGAGUCCAUUAAUAGUCGCUUAGCCCUUGUUAUGAAAAGUGGAAAGUCUGCUAUCGGUCUCCGUCAAACCCUCAGGCUUCUGCGCAAAGGUGCUGCCAAAUUGAUCAUAAUAGCCAAUAAUGCGCCGCCAUUACGAAAAGCUGAAAUCGACUAUUAUGCAAUGCUUUCUAAAACUGGCGUUCAUCUCUACAACGGCACCAACCAGGAUCUCGGCACCGCAUGUGGUAAGUACUUCCGCGUCAGCGUUCUUGCGAUUGAAGACCCGGGUGAUUCAGACAUUAUAAGGACUGUUCCAGCUGAUACACAAUAA